AUGGCCACGGCUACCACCAACGGCAUCAUCACAUGCCAGCCACCAAAGACAGACCAUCUCGACGGCCAGGGCUACCUAUUUGGCUACCCGAUCGCACAUUCACUAUCACCGUUGCUGCAUCAAACCAUCUUUGAAUCAUUAAGCCUGAACUGGGACUACUUCCUUCUUCCUUCCACAGACGUCCAGCAGUUCCUUUCUUUAAUCCGAAACUCAAGAUGUUAUGGCUCCGGAGUCACCAUGCCAAACAAGAUAGCCAUAAUACCACAUCUCGACGAUCUAACUCCUGAAUGUCGAGCCGUGGGAGCGUGCAACACCGUCUACUGGCGCGACUCCAAACUCAUCGGGACCAACACCGACAUAGCUGGCGUACGUGAAAGCUUCCUACAGAACGUACCCGAAAGCAGAUUUCGAAAUCGACCAGGCCUUGUCGUGGGCGGAGGCGGAGCCGCACGGUCAGCUGUCUAUGCACUUGUCGAAUAUCUUGGCUGCAAGACUGUCUACCUCGUGAACCGCGACGCAAGCGAAGUCGAAGCCGUGAUGUCCUGGUGCAAAUCGCAAGGCUAUGGCGACGGUCUCAUCCACGUGUCGACCGUAGCGCAGGCGGAGGCACUUGAAGGCCCUGGUGCUGCCGUGGCGUGCGUGCCAAACUUCCCACCUGUUACCGACGCUGAAUGGGAGGCGAGGCGAAUAUUGGAGUGCUUCCUCAGCAAGCCUCAUCAAGGAGCGAUGUUGGAGAUGUGCUAUCACCCUGUCGUGUGGACAGAGAUUGCCGAACUGUCGAAGAAGGCUGGGUGGGAAGUUAUCCUGGGUACUGAAGCCAUGAUAUAUCAAGGCUUUGAGCAGGCGAGGUGUUGGACUGGAAGAAGUCUUGAAGAUCUGCCUGUGCAACGGGUGAAGGAGGCAAUAGCGAAGGAGUUGAGCAGGGCUAGAUUGUAA